GAAUAUAAAAUUCCCAGAGUGACGUUACAGAACCAAUUAACAAAACAGUGAUGCCGUUGCCAUUGGAAAGCCUCACCUAAAAACUCUCACUCUUUAUCUCAAUUAAUAGAUUAGGAAUCAAAGUUAGGUUGAAAUUUUAAUUAAGGCCUUGUUUGAAAACCUAUUCAACAAUAGGUACAAAAGUAUAGUUUCGGAGAAUACUUUGCUAACCAUGCUUAUAGCAAUAGAAGAUGCCACCAGUUCAUCAUUAACUACUAUCCUAGGGUGUUGCUAUUGUCCUUGUCGGCUCAAUCAUUUUCUUUUAAUUUGUUUAAUAUUUGAUCAUUAGAUUCACAUCUUCAACAAGAAAUGUCAUCUUAGUAAGUUUGUCUGGACCAGGUCCUCCUUUCACAUAUGCUUGUUUUCUUCAUCUUUUUCCCCUCAGUCUUAAUUUUGCUGGUGGAAUCUUUUUGUGUCCGUUCUAAUUAGGAAAGAAAUUGAAGUGCUCUUUUGACAGCUUUUUAUACAUAUGGAUAUGUGUUUUCUUUGCCAUCUUUUUACCUAAUUAAGUUUCUCCCUGGUGUUGGACACUGCAAAAAAAACAAUAUUUUGCUUCUUUAAGUGGUGAAAAAUACUACCAUGGGAACAAACAGUGAGGAGCAUGGAGGAUCUGGGGUAACAUAUCAGGAAAUGGGAGAAGAUGAAGUGAAGGACAUUCGAAAUGUUCCAGUAGGACCUAUACACAAAUUAAUAGCAGAGAAUACCAAGUCGAACAGUAUGGUUAUAAAGAAACCACAUGUGGUGAUUCCUCCUCAUAUCAUAGCAGAAGCCAUAUCAACGAUCCGUGAUAUUGACAUUAGAUGGUCAGGUCCAAUAACACAGAAAGAAAUGGAAUAUGUUGAACAGUAUGUACUUGCAAAGUACCCUGAAUAUGCAGGCCUAAUUGAAGGAGAUGGGAAUGGCAUAGACUUGUCUAGCUUUAUUAUCAAUGAGGAGCCUUCAGAACCCUUGUCAGAAGAUAGGAAAAAGUCACCAAGAGGGGCCUUUAAAGAACCUUUGUUUGGCAAUAAUCUCCCUGAAAUGGAUAGGACCCAGUUGGAGCCAUCAAGACUACUAGACAUUCUCAACAAAAAAUCCUCCUUUCCAGGAAGUUUCAUCUCAAUCCCAGAAAUCCAAGCCCAAAAUAAGGUUUUGAAGCAUUGUGGGUUGCCUGAUAAUGAUGAAUACCUUGUUCUCUUCACUCCAAGUUACAAGGAUGCAAUGAUGUUGGUGGGGGAAAGCUACCCUUUUGUUAAGGGAAACUACUACAUGACAAUUCUUGGUGAAGAGGAAGACUAUAUCAGGGAAUUUGCUUCUUUUAAGGAGUCCAAGGUGAUUGUGGCACCCAAGAGUUGGCUGGAUUUGAGGAUAAGAGGGUCUCAACUUAGCCAAAAUUUUAGGAGGAAGUGUAAGGUGAGCUUGAAGGGCUUAUUUGCCUAUGCAGCAGAUGUGAAUGGAACAAACCACUGGAUCUCAGAGGCUCAUAGAAACUACUGGCAUGUUCUGCUUGAUGCCUCUGCAUUGGUUGUGGGAAAGGACAAGCUGUAUCUUGGCCUCCACAGGCCUGACUUCUUAGUCUGUUGUCUUGAUAACACUCAUUCCAAUCCUUCAAGAAUCACUUGCCUCUUGGUGAGAAAGAAAUCUUUUGACACCUCCACUGCUUCGUCUCAGGUCAAUGGAUGAGUGAGAAUGAGUAUUUGUUUGAUAUUCAGAUAAAAUUUGAAUUGCGUAGCAAUUAACAAUGUCUUAAUUUGUAUCA